CUCCAAACCAAAGCCAUCGGAGGAGCAGCUGGACGACCAUGGCCUCGCCGCUGCUCAAGUCGCACUCUCAGCUCGCCGCCGCCGCCGCCCUGCACUCCGUGAGGAGAGCCGACCGCUGCCCUGCGACAAUACACCUGGGCAAGUUCCAUGACCACGGGCUCAGGUCCGGCCGUUCUAAGGUACAUGAUCACACCUCUUAAUCCUGAAACGAGAAAAAUGAAGAAAUGUUUAUGUAAAACCAUAUGGAUGAACAGAGUACAGUGUUCGUUGCUGCAACUGCCUAUGGUUCUAACCGAUCGAGUUGUGUUACAUUAGCGUUGCUCCUAUAGAUAGUAUGCAUGAGACCAUGACAUGAAUGGACAGAGUUCAGACCUGUGGUUCUUGUGUGGGCGUUGCAGAGAUCCGGUUCAGCGAAGGUGGGCGCCUUCCCGUCGCUGGACGUGGUGCCGCUGAUGGUGACGAUGGUGGAGCACGUGGACAUGUCGCGGGACUACGUCGUGACCAAGUCCAUCUGGCAUCUCAGCGACGCAGCCCUCAAGAGCGUCUAUACCUUCUACGCCAUGUUCACCGUCUGGGGAGUCUGCUUCUUCGCGUCCAUGAAGGCAAGCGUUUGCAGUACUACUAUAACACACACACGCACCAUGUAAUUGCACUGUUUUGCUGGAGUGUUCAUGGCACAGCUUGCUUGCGUGCAUGGGUCAAAUCGAAACAGGAUCCCUUCUACGACAGCGAGACGUACAGGAGCCAGGGUGGCGACGGGACCGUGCACUGGUACUACGACAGGCAAGAGGACCUGGAGGCGUCUGCGAGGGAGGAGCUGCUGCGGGAGGAGCUGCUCGAGGAGAUUGAGCAGAGGGUUGGGGGCCUCAGGGAGCUGGAGGAAGCGAGCAAGGAGGAGCAGCUCACAAAGUGAUCACGCGGGCGAAUGGGCUACUCAUCAGCUCUCUAUCUGAGCUUCGUUAGCAAAUAAGUUCAGACUUCUCUUUACUGCCAUGCUCAAGUCUGUAUAUGGCCAAAACCCAAAACGAUUGAUCAACUGCGCUACUGCAGUGCAAUAGCAGGAUACGUAUAGUUUUCUUUUCAAGGGAAACAGGAGGGGAGUGCAGUGCACCCCCGCCCAUACUGCAUGUUAUUAAUAAAAGAAAGUUAUUUACAGAAUCA